AUGUUCAGGAAGAUCAACAAUGUGUUCCGUCCCAACCAUCAUGGACACAAAGGACAAGGGAACGGUGGCGGUCGGUUUCGGGCUGGGCAGGACUACCACAACGCCUGCACAGUCAGGCUGGUCCGCAGCACCUCCAUGCUGGUGGUGGGAGAGAGAACUCGGACGGCCGAGGGCUCCACUUUGAAACGGAGCAAAAGCACAGUGAGCAUCGAGUCCACUCUGUACUAUUACCAGAGACAAGAGGACAGGAUAUGGCUGUAUUCACAGAACCAGAACUGCCUGGAGUACCUGGAAGCACUCAUGGCGCUCAGAAGGCAGUACACACAGAGCGUGAGUGACUUGAAAAGUAACGAGGCCAAGGCCACGGUGUCUUCAAAGAAGAAACCAGCGCCUGCACCUCCAUCAAAAAAGGAGCCGCAAAAAUCAAGAGCAAAACCCCCAGCACCUCCUGCCCCCAACGAGGAGGACACUUUACAGUUCUUUGAUGAGGUCAUUGCCAGCUGUGACAGUGAACCUCUGAGGAAACCUUACAGGGAUGAUGGCAACGCAGACGUAGAUGUUAUAGUGGCCUCCAGCUCAGCCGAGCACGACCUCCACUCCAACUGGGUCUUGAGGGUCCCGCGGGUCCCCGAUGGCUCAAAACAGACAGCCACUCCCGUCUGUGCCAACGAAAGCAUCUCGAAGAAGAAACACAGCGGGUCCACAAGCAGCAGAUUGCAUCUGCAGAGGAACCCCAUCCACCUGCCAAAAGUGGUGGAGAGCGCAUUCCAGACGCUGCGCUUCAAGCCGAAAUUAAAAAAGCAGUGA